GACCGAUUCCACAUUUAGUUCCGAGUGGUGCUUUUCUGUUAAGCUUUUCAGUUAAAGUGUUCAAUUAUGAAUUCUAAAAAAAAUAAACACAAAAAAUCGAAUAAAAACAUUCAGAAUCUCCCUAAGCACGACGAAGCAGAGGCUUCAGAAACGAAAGAAAGUGUCGUAGUAACAGAAAUUACAACGGAUAUGCCAAGUGAAGUGCCUGAACCUGCCAAGGAGGAAGUCCAGGUACUCUUAGAUACUGAAACACCGAAGAAACCUAAAAGGAAUAGAGGUAAAAAGAAAAAAGGAAACGAGAAUGAGGAAUGUGAAGAAGGUAAGCUAACAGAGCCUGUUGAACCUAAAGUUGAGCUUCAAAGUCCUUUAAAGGAAGAAAACGUUACACACACAGAAAAAGUAGAAACCAUCGAAGUACCAACUGCUCGUAAAAAUAAAAACAAAAAUAAGUGUAAUGAACCAGCCAUACCCGUAAUAAACACAGAACCUCCAUCAGAACUAUCUUCUACCAAGGAGAUUGAAGAACAAAAUCUUGAAAUAAUGCCUACUGAAUUUUUAGAAGAAUCUAAGUCCUUAAAGAAGAAGAACAAAAAAAAGAAACGAAAUUACUCUGAUAGGUCUGACAAAAACCCAGAAGUGUCCUGUACAGCAGCGUUUGAGGAUCUUUUGGCAGAGGAAGGUCAAACUGAUAGAAACCAAGGAGAAGUGCAGACCAAAGAAGACAUAGCUGAACUUAAACAAGUUGUUGACGAUUUGGGAAUUAAAGUUGAAACUGAAGAAAUUAAAAGUGAUAUAAUACUUGAAAAGCAAUCAGAAAUACAGCUCGAAUCUGAUACUAAAAGUAAAAAGAAAGGUAAAAAAGAGAAGAAAAUGCAGACAGAACAUUAUGCCAUUGAAAAUGUGGAUGAUAUCAAACCUAUCUUAACUGAAGGUAAUGUUGUCAAAUCUUUGAAUGCUCCCGAGAAUCCUUCAGAGGGAAAGUCCUCUGAUGUAGUAAAAUCAUUAAAACUGUGCGCAAGUAUUGAAGAAUCGAUAAGCUCUGAGUUGCCAAAACAAGAGAUUGGAUCGAAAGAAGAGUUUCAGAAGCCGAAAGCUAAAAUAGCUAAGCCGGUGGAAAAGAAGCACACUGGCAAACGUGAAAUAGAUGAUCUUAAAUGCGAAGAUGUUAGAAGUGAAGAUAUAUGUAUUAGAGAAACUCUUACUCCUAUACAAGAAAUUAGCCCUUUUACUGUAACUGAGGAAACUGAUGAAGGUCUUCCUGUAAAAUCAUUGAUCGAAGACAUUAAUCUUAGUACAUUAGAAAAAGCAGAAACCAAAUUAAAAGAAGAAGUUCUAAAAUCAUUUGAAACUCCAGAACCUAUAAGUUUUAAGGAAUCUGAAAAUGUAACCUCAAAAAAUAAGAAGAAAAGAAAACAAAUAAAGGUGCCAGAAAAUUCCCCAGAAGGUCAGAUAGAAAAAGAACAUCAGAAGCAACCAGAAGACAAUGUUCUAUUAGAUGCAGAGCAGAGUCACGAUAAGAAUAUUCUUGAUGAAAGCAUUAAACUAGAAGAUAAAGAUCACAUUUUAUUUGAGAGCUUAGUACUAUCCGAUCCUGUGACAACAACAGAAGAAAUUGUGGAUAAAAUAAUAGAGAGUAUUUCACAGUCCGAUGAAUCUAAUAAAGCUGAAAUAAAAACUCUUGAACCGUCCUUAGAUAACCAUAAGAUGAAAAAAAAAGGAAGGAAAUCUCCCAAGUUACCUUUAGAAUUGGGAGAAGGGUCGAAAAUAGCAGAGAUUAAACUAGGCACAACAGCAGUAGAGGAAAAAAAAGACAUCGAGCAAACGCAAGACGAAGGUACCGGCUCAACAACACUGGAAGAAAUAGAAAUAAGAAGCUGUAAGUCUGAAGAAUCACCUUGUGACGUUGCUCCUGAAAUCCAUUACCCCAGGUCGACCAGCCAACAGCUAGACGAUAAUAACAACAUGGUAAUUAGGGAAAUAUUGAAUGACGAUCUUUUGAACAUUCCUAUUUCUACACCUACAAAUAUCCAAGGAUCUGGGGAAACACCUAUUGGAUCACCGCAAAUGGUUUCAUCGGGUAUUAAAAUAACAGAGGUAGAAGCUUCGAGUAAAGCGGAAGAAAAGACAGAUUUGAAAUCUAAAAUGAUGGAAGUUAACCAGGACAUGGAAGAAUUGAGGAUGUCUAUUGAAAGAUCUUUGGCUGAACUCACUUCCAUGGAGGACAAUGAAAAAGUGCCCGAAAAACAAUAUGAGAAAAAGAGUGAAACUGAAGCUAUUCCUCAAUCAGCUGAAUCAUUGGCAGAUCGGGAAGUCAAGCAGCAGAUAGAAAAAGAGCCCACAUACGAAGAGCUAGCAAUUGAAGAAAAUCCUAAAAUAAUAACGGAAAAUAUUUGUAUUAAUGAAGGUAUUGUAAAGUCUAUUCCUGAAGAAAAAAAAGAAAAGAGUCCAAAUAUUGAUGAAAAGGUUGUUCCCAUAGAGUCUUGUUCCGAUCUCGAACCCCCAGUCUGCCCAGCCAGAAAAGAUAAUAAGGGUAAGGGUAAAAAAAGGAAAGGGAAGCAGGAAACAGUCUCAAACCCUAGCCAAACUCAAACGGAAACUGCUAUUACUAACACGGACACUGAGAAAAAAGACUCCAAACAAAAACAAGACGAAAAGACUGAACAGAAGUCAGAUAGUACACAAGCAAAAAGCAAACAAAAAUCCGAUUUACCCUCACAAGAUGAUGUAAGUAAAGAAGAAAAAGAAAUACAACCAGUCAGAGAGCAAUAUGAGCCAAUAGAGAAUUUUGAAGAUGCUUUAUCAACAGUCGAUGACUUGGACGUAAAUAAAUCCUUCGAAAUGAUCCUCAAUGAAGUAACCGAAGAGAAACAGCAAGAACUGGCUGAUAAUAAGCCAGAAAUUAAAAUAAUAGGACCGGAUGAUACAAAGGCAACACAGUCUGUACCGCAGCCAAAAAACUUGCUAGGCCAUCCCGCUAUUCCUGCAUCAUCGAAUAGAGCUGAUUAUAAAAAAGAAAAAAACAAACCGCCCAAUUCUAGACAAGCCAGAGUCAAAAUAAAAGACAGUAACGAUAUUGAAUCAAGCAGAACGCACAAGGAAAUUAAGGAGAAAAAAUCUAAAACAGAUUUGUGUAAGAUUAAUGAAUCAUUUUCUCAAAUUAACCAAAACGAGGAUUUUGUCUACAAAUAUAGUUUUAGAAAGGUUUUCUUACAAAGUUCAUGUCUUGUUUGUAAGAAGGAUUUGAUACAAACAAGGGUACCUUGCAAGCGAUGUAAUCUUGUGUUUUAUUGUAGUAAAGAGCAUUGCAGUGUUGAUGGUUUGCAACAUAAGGACUUAUGUAACGCUAUCAAAAUUAUCCUGAAAUUUAAAGAUUCGCCACACAUCUACAGUGACGCACAAGGAGUCGUUGGACACAACUACAGACUGCUUCGAAUGGAGAUGAUACUGGCUUGCGAGAAGGAGCUGAAAAGACGGCUGGUACCCUGGGAGCAGGAGGCGCUUCUGUAUCCCAGGAUGUGCGCUGAUGUUUGGUGCAGAAAAUGGGAGCAGGAUGCUUUAAAAGAUUGUGAACGAUGUGGCCAGAUGUCCUACUGCGCCAAUUCUCCUGAUCAUUUGCCGAAGUCACAUCAGCGCUGGUGCAAAUCGUAUUCCCUGUACCAGAAACUGGUGACUUACCAGCAAACUAAAGGAAGACUGGACUUGAAGAUGCCAACCAGAGUCAUGUCUGGGCUCUACCAGAUACCCGAUAACAUGAAUGAGGUCUUGGCUUCUAUGUAUGAGGAGAAAAUUGAUAUGUCCGAUAUCCAAUACGCUGCAUUGACACAGAUCGCCACGGCACCACUGACUGCCCUGUACUCUUACCAGCUGUACCGAAAUGCGAGUCCUACUACUAAUGGCAUAAAUAAGAACACAAAUUUCACCAUUCACGUGGUAGGGGCAGAGUUACAAUUCGAAGCUGAUAUGUUGAACAAAUGGGAAGUCUUUUUCCUUCACUUGCGGCCUGAGGUGAAGGAACUCAAAGUCGUGCUGAUCGGCACUGAGCUCAACCCUGGAAACCUGCCUUUGGAACUGCUAGAGAAGACCAGGAUGUGCGCUGACUGCCGCAUGAACCAACGCAGACUGGUCCUUAGUUUCCACGACAAAACAGGCUAUUCCGAGUACAAGGAUACGGAAGAUUUUAUCCUACCAGACAUUGUUUGCGCAUUCAAUCCCGCCAUUCACCGCUCGUCUGUCUACAAUGGAAAAGAUCCGUGGCCUUCCACUUUGACGACAAUAACGAGGCUCAGAAUCCCUUUCUUAGUCACAGCUCACACGAUCACGGAACUCCAAAGGGAUUUGGUGAGGAUCAAAGAGUGCUGCGAGGUCAAAGUGACGGGAGACCCCAAACAUAAUCCCUUCGCAAGCGUGAGGCCCGACAGAAACUUUAUAUCUGACGACGAAGCGCCUUUACUCUUCAAAAAUUACUGUUUCAUGAUUUUAAAUGGAUUUUGAUGUGUUUUCAUGUUUCUUUUUGUACGUUUUAAUAAAUUCGUUUGA